AUGGCAAACACGAUCGCCACGUCGGACGUCCCCGAUUCCGUCGUUGUCGCCGUAGCUGUGGUCCUCAUCGUUCUAUGGGGUAUAGUGUUGUUCAUCUUCGUCACGAGUGUCCGCAUUGUCAACCACGCAGAGGUCAUGAUCCUCGAGCGCUUCGGUCGGUACAAACAGACGCUGUUGCCGGGUCUCCACAUCAUCGUGCCGAUCGUCGAAAAGGUGCGACCAAUUGCGUGGCGCCACCGCAGCCGUAAGAUCACGGACGGCGACGCACCUGUCAUCUCGGCAACGACCGAGAGAGUUGACAUGCGCGAGCACGUGAUUGAAUUCUCCCGCCAGCACGUAAUCACCAAGGACACGGUCAUGAUCGACAUUGACGCGCUCGUGUACUUUCGCAUCGUCGAUCCCCGCUUGGCCGUGUACAAGGCGCAAAACAUCCCUGAUUCGGUCGAGUUGGUCACCCAAGCGACGCUGCGCAACAUCAUUGCCACCAUGACGUUGGAUGACACGUUCUCAUCGCGUGAUGAAAUCAACUACGAGUUGCUGAGCAAGGUGAAACACGAUGUCGAGCGAUGGGGCGUCACGAUCACUCGCGUCGAAAUCUUUGACAUCAUUCCGCCCCGCGACAUCAAACUCGCCAUGGAACAGCAAAUCAAAGCAGAGCGCUGGCGCCGCUCGGAAGUGCUCGAGGCGGAUGGCCAACGUGAAAGCAUGAUCGUCAACUCCCGCGGUGACGCGGCGCGCAUGGUGCUUCGUGCGGAAGGGGAGCGCGCAUCCAUGCUGUUGCGUGCCACGGGCGAAGCGGAAGCCAAGAUGCUCUCGUCGAAGGCGGAAGCGCAGUCGAUGGAAGUCAUCCGAGCAGCCAUCACGGAAGUGGGGGUGCGCGCUGUGGACUACCUCACGGCCAUUCAAUACUUGAACGUCCUUCGCACCAUCAACCAGCGCGCCAGCGACAUGCGCUUAGUGCUGCUCCCGAUGGACACCGUCAAUGGAGUGAACGACUUGAUCAAGCUCAACCAGUAG